AUGGACGAAAAUAAUACAAAAAAAUAUCCAAUAAUUCGUGUUGCUGGUGUACCCGAACAUUUCAAUGAACCAUGGAUGAUUGGAAUUGAAGAAAAUCUUUUUUUAAAUGAACAAAUUCAAAUCGAAUGGCAUUCAAUAAAGGAAGGAACUGGUGCAAUGAUAAAUAAAUUAAAAUCGAACGAAGUUGAUCUCAUCAUUGCAUUAACUGAAGGUCUAAUUAAUGAAAUUUCUAAAGGUUCAGAUAUUCGUUUAAUUGGAACAUAUGUUCAAUCACCAUUGACAUGGUCUGUGUCAACUGGAAUCAAUUCUCAAUUCAAUUCAAUUGAAGAUUUAAAAGGGGAAAUCUUUGGCAUAAGUCGAUAUCAAAGUGGAUCACAUUUGAUGAGUUGUGUUCUCGCAAAUCAAUAUGGAUGGAAACAAGAUGAUGUGCAUUUCUUGGUUAAUGAUAAUUUUGAAAAUUUAAGAAAAUCACUUAAUGAAAACACAUCUGCUGCCUUUCUUUGGGAAUAUUUUAUGCAAAAACCUUUUUAUGAUAAAGGUGAAAUUCGUCGUAUUGGAGAAAUCAUCACUCCGUGGCCAUGUUUUCUCAUUGCAUCACGACAACAAUUCAUUGGUGAACAUUUAAAUGAUUUAGAGAAAAUGUUCAAAGCAUUGGGCAAAUCUUGUGAUUUAUUUCGAAAAAAUUCUUCGGAAUCAAUUCAAAGAAUUUCCAAGAAAUUCCAUUUAAAUGAAAAUGAUGCCAAAGCUUGGUUUGACAAAGUGAAUAUCGUUGGAAAGAAUUCCAUUGCUGAAUCAACGAUUGAAAUCACAAUUGAUUCAUUAAAAACCGCACAAAUCAUCAAUUUCAAUGUGAAAUCUCUCGAUCCAAUUCGUUUUCUCGAUACGCGAAUCGCCAAAUUAAUUCUCGAUAUCAAAUCAAUGCGUCUUUAUAAUAAACCUGAAUUAUUAAUUUCCUUACGAAAUAAUUUACGUGUCAACGGAUUUUCCAAAGGUCCGAUUUCCUACAAAGAUUUACUUCCAUUUGAUCAAAAUCAUUAUCAUGGAACCGAAGUUUUAGAUUUAGCCAUGAAAGAAUUGAAUUUUCUCGAUCAAAAUAUGAAUUCCAAUCGUUGGGCCAUUCAAAUAGGUUCGAAUUUAGGUGGUUGUGCGAGAUAUUUAGCUGGUGAAUAUCAUUUAAAUAUUUUGGCAAUUGAAUUACAAAAUGAUUUAUCUCAAUUCGCAAGUGAAUUAACCGAUCGAUGUGAUUUGUCACAGAAAGUUCAUCACAUUGCUGGUGAUUUUCUCAACGUUGCUCAACAUUUACAGGAAAAUUUUUAUGAAACCAUUUUCAGUUGGAUCACAAUUUUACAUUUCAAUGAAAAUGAUCGAAUUCAAUUGUUGAAACAAUCAUUUCGAUUAUUAAAAGUCAAUGGAUAUUUUUUUUGCGAAGAUUUUAUUCGAAUUGGUCAUUUAACAAAUGAAGAAUCGCAAAUCUUAGAACACGAUGUGUUUUGUAAAUAUUUACCAACGAUUGAUGAAUAUCAACAACAUUUAAUUCAAUCGGGUUUUCAAAUUAUUCAAAUUGUUGAUUUAUCAGAAGAUUGGAGAAAUUUUACAAAAGAACGAUUGGAUUCAUUUGAACAAAAUCAAAAUAAAUUAAUCGAAAUUCAUGGUGAAGAAAUUUAUCAACGUUUAAAAUACUUUUUUCAAUCAAUUGUCAAAGUUUUCAGUGGAAAAAAUGUUGGUGGAAUUCGAAUUAUUGCUCAAAAACAAUAA